AUGCAAUCUCAACAAAAUGGAGAUGAAGAUCAGGAGCACAGGUCUGGCGCCAACGGUGAGGCUUUUCGAACGGGCACGAAUGAAUUCCGGUUCGAUCUUCCGUCCCGCUUCCCUCACUCACACAUGGCGCCAAUCGGGAUCGGUGUCCAGGGUGCCGUAUGCAGCGCAGUGGACUUGAAAACGGGUCGCCGAUUAGCAAUAAAGAAGCUCUCGCAACCAUUCCAAGAUGUCACAUUCGCCAAACGAUCCUACCGCGAGCUGAAGCUGAUGCGAUUAGUCGAUCAUCCAAAUAUCAUUAAGCUACUGUACGCAUACACACCACAGCAGUCGUUGGAGACGUUCCGGGACGUGUACAUCUUCACCGAGCUGAUGGACAACAACCUGCGGAACGUGAUCGGCACCAAGCUCGACCACGAGCGCAUCUCCUUUCUCGUCUACCAGAUGCUGUGCGGCAUCAAGUACCUGCACGCGGCCGGCAUUAUCCACCGCGACCUGAAACCCUCAAACAUUGUCGUGUGUAAGAACUGUAGCCUUAAAAUACUGGACUUUGGGUUGGCGCGGAGCAUCGAGGCCAGCUUCACGAUGACACAGUACGUCGUUACGCGCCAUUACCGGGCGCCCGAGAUUAUCCUCAACAUGGAGUAUGACACCAAGGUGGACAUCUGGUCGAUCGGUUGCAUCAUGGCGGAGCUGGUUACGGGUCACGUGUUGUUCCCCGGGACCGAUCAUGUCGACCAGUGGAUGCGCAUCGUACAGACGCUCGGCACACCGAGGCCGGAGUUUAUUGCACGGACCACACCAGGAACGCAGCGAUACAUUAGCAAUCAACCCACGGUUACGGGACGGUCGUUUGGAGACCUGUUCCCGGAUGAGGUGUUCGAUACGGUGGUAUCGAACCAUCCACAGCUUACGAAUGAUGCGGCACGGGACUUCCUGCGCCGUAUGCUUGCGUUCGACCCGAUGGAAAGGAUCUCGGUUGAUGAAGCUUUGGAACAUCCGUACAUUCGCGUGUGGUACUACGAGGAGGAUGUUAAUCGACCUCCACCAAAGCCGUACGACCAUUCGAUCGAUGCACAGCACCUUACGGUGGCACAGUGGAAGCAGCUGCUAUACGAGGAAAUUCAAGACAUUCAAAGGACGAUGUCAUUGGACGAGGCAGGAUAA